AUGCUUCAAUUUAAGAGGUUUCUCGCCACCGCUGGCAAGGCAUUUACAAACAACAAGUCACAAUUAGAUAGAGCCACACUCACGAUAAAAAAUGGGCCAGUAUUUAGUGGAUACUCAUUCGGUGCAAAUCGAAAUGUGAGUGGUGAGGCGGUCUUUACCACAUCCUUGGUUGGUUAUCCCGAGAGCAUGACUGAUCCAUCUUACAAGGGCCAAAUUUUGUGCUUCACUCAACCUCUAAUUGGCAACUAUGGUGUACCUUCUUCAACUAUAAAAGAUGACUUCAACUUGUUAAAGUACAUGGAGAGCCCAAAAAUUCAAUGUAUCGGUAUCGUCGUUGGUGAUGUUGCUUUGGAAUAUAGCCACUGGACUGCGGUUGAGAGCUUACAACAAUGGUGUAAAAGGAACGGUGUUGCUGCUAUUACAGGUGUUGACACAAGACAAUUAGUUUCAUACUUGAGAGAUAAAGGGUCCAGCUUGGGCAAGAUCACCAUUGGUGAGGAAUAUGAUGCAGAUGAGGAUGCUGCUUUUGAAGAUCCAGGUGCAAUCAAUUUAGUGCAAAAAGUCUCAACAAAACAGCCAUUCCAUGUAGAGUGUCCAAAGGAGUACUCCAAGAAUUUGCAUAUAGCAGUUUUGGAUUGUGGUGCAAAGGAGAAUAUAUUGCGUUGCUUGGUUGAGAGAGGUGCUUCAUUGACUGUGUUUCCAUACGACUAUCCAAUCGACAAAAUUGCCAACAAGUUUGAUGGUGUUUUCAUCUCUAAUGGUCCAGGUGAUCCAACCCAUUGUUCUGCUACUGUUGAUAAUUUGAGGAAGAUUAUGGAGACAUACCCAGAAUUGCCAAUAUUCGGAAUCUGCUUGGGACAUCAAUUACUUGCUUUGGCAAGUGGUGCCAAAACCAUUAAAUUGAAAUACGGUAAUAGAGCUCAUAAUAUCCCUACCUUGGAUCUAAUCACAGGGAAAUGUCACAUCACCUCACAAAAUCACGGGUAUGCAGUCGACACGUCCACCUUGGCCGAUGGCUGGAAGGAAUUGUUCAUCAACUUGAAUGACAACUCAAACGAGGGUUUAAUUCACACCACUAAACCAAUAUUUUCAACCCAAUUUCAUCCAGAGGCCAAAGGCGGUCCACAAGAUACUGCUUAUCUUUUUGACAAGUUUUUUGAAAACAUAGCCAAACACAAGAAAAGCUUGCCCAGCGUUGAGGGAAGCUUGUUGGUUGACAUUUUGCCAAAAGAACGAGUUGAGCAGCUUACGAUAUAA